UUUUGAUUUCCCGCCAAAUGCAUCGCCAUUUUUUGUUUUAUUUAUUUCAUUUGGUUGUGUUCCGAAUGAAUUAGUGAUGUUAUUUCUGCUGAAUGGUGUAUUUAUAAAACAUGUUGUAGACUAUAUUAAGUAAUGUACAAUGCUUUGUCCGUGAUUAUGUGAUUUAAGUCAUCAAAAGUGCAGUCAAUAUGUCUAUGAAAAAAGGUGUAUCAAAAUGUAAACUUGUAGCGAAACUUGUGACCGAAGAAGAAGGGCCUUGCGCGUUUUGCCAGCGAGAUGUGGAUGACGAAUUGAUAUAUGGCAAACUAUAUGCCAUUGGCAGCAUAAAAUGCCACUACUUUUGCGUUUUGUUAUCCUGCUGUAUGGUGCAGAAUGGGAGGGAUAAAGAUGGACUGUUUGGGUUCCUCUACCCGGAUAUCUUGGCUGAGAUCAAAAGAAGUAAGAAGCAUAAAUGUUCAUACUGCAACAAAGAGGGUGCCACACUAGGCUGCUGUGUGGCGCAGUGCCGCAAACAGUUCCACCUGCCGUGCGGGAGGGAGAAGGAUGCUGUGUCCCUCUUCUAUGGAUCUUACAAGUCAUUCUGUCAGAGCCACACGCCCAAACAGAAGAUAGCAGAUGAUGUCUUGGUCAAAGCUAAAGUCAGGAUGCAAGCGGAGAGGAAGCGACUGGCGCUCGUGAAAGCAGGCGUGGCCGUUGAGGAUCCUAGUGAUAGUGAUAGCGAGUGCGUGUGUGUGAUCUGCUACGAGCGAGUGCGCGGGUUCGCGACGCCGCAGACCUUCUGGCCGCCGUGCUGCGCGCGCGACGCCUGGUUCCACAGGGCUUGCAUGCAGCGGAUGGCGCUGAGCGCGGGCAUGCAUUACCUGAAGUGUCCGCUGUGUAACGACCGGGAUCAGUUCUACGAUGCGCUCGUCAGCCAGGGAUACUACGUGCCGGACAGAGAUGCAGCGUGGGAGUUGGAACAGAACGCCUUCGCAGAUAUCUACGAGAGGCCGCUGCGGUGCACCGUCGAGGACUGCUGCUGUCCCGAGGGCAGGGAAUAUGAUUCAGAGUCGGGCAGCAUGUGGGAGUUGCAGCUGUGCCUGGCGUGCGGCGGCGGCGGCGCGCAUGCGCGGUGUCUGCGGCGCGCGCGGCGGCUGUGCGCGCUCUGCCGCGGGGUCGCUGACCUCGACGUCUUGGCUGAUGCGCUGGAGGCCGAGAUAGUGAAGGAGCAAGAGCGGGCGAGCGUGGCGGAGCGGCGACCCAUCAUGCCGCCGCGGAUGUCGCUGCGCAGGACCAAGCCCGCUAACAACUGCGCAAGUACAUCAAAAGCUACUAUAUUGAUGACUAAAAGUGAAUCGGCCACAAGCCGUGAAGAUCUCAAUUUGAAGACGCCGAAACGUCAACAAACAAACGUAACCACAUUAAACGACAUUCAGAACAGGAUUCUGUCACCGACAAAAAUUUUAGAGCAUCCAAUACAAGAUAAAUCACAAAGCAAGCUUUCAGGACACGAGAAAGAUAUACAAAAUAUGUUGCUGUCACCGAGUAAAGUUAUACAACAGUUGUAUGAAAAGAUAUCAGCAUACAAUGUUGAUAGUUCACUGGUGGAUCGAGUGAAAGAAGUGUUCAGGAAGCCUAAACCAAUGAGUGUCAAGAGGAAGAUUGUGGACAACUUACUGGACAACAUAGUGAACAACUUUGUCAAAGAGAACGCGAGGAGUAUGCCAGCCAUAGAGUGGCCUUCGCCAAAGAAAUGUUUGGCGGACACACCAGUUGCAUUGGAGGAUAACAUAAUAAGAAGAUCGAAGGGAAUCAUGAACAGUCCAUACAAGUCUCCAGUACACACGCCUAAAAAACCCACAAAAUGUGAAACUCACAGUCCGUUCAAAUCCCCUAAGGUGACUCCGAAAAAAAUGGAAAAUCAUGACUUCGAAAACAGAACUCCACGUAAAACAGAUUACUGUAGUGAUACACCGAAUAAUGAUGAUAACUUUGAGGUAAAUCCCGAAAUUGCGUCCGAUGAUGAAUCGUCUAGUUCCACUUUCAGAUUGCCUCCAGAAUUUAUCGCAGACGACAGCAACGACUACCUGCCAAUCUUCGAAACGCCUAAACUCAAAACCGUCGACAUACAAAAAGACUCCAGCCUGGAAAUAUCCGAAAAUGACGAGGUAGUCAAAGUCAAAGUUAUGAAAAUGGAGGACAUGUGUGAAAACAAUGAUUUUAUCAAGAAUUUGGACAUCAAAAGUCCGGUAACAAGUAAAAAAUGCGCUUUAAAAUAUAGCCCUAUAAACAAAGAGACUCUAGAAAAAGAUAAGGGUGGUUUUGAUGCGGAAUGUUUUAAAAAUAGGUAUUUGUCUGAAGUGUGCAGGGAUUUCAAAUGCAACUUCAGGCAUAAUCAUAAUGAAACACCUGAAAAACGAUCGACGAUUAAGACUGCUAUAGAUUUUGCCGUGGAAGCGUCCAAUGAGAGGAAAAGAUCUAGAGAAAAUUGUGAAAAUGUUCCUAAAAAGAAGCGGAAAAUGAGCUCGAAUGAUAAAGUACGAAUGAAGAAAAAUAAUAAGAAACAUAUUAAAACUAGUACAGAUAUUGAAGUGACAAACGCUCAAGACAAUUUGAAACUCUCCGUGCAAGGCAAAAGAAAGAAGAAAAAAACAAAAGUCUCUAUAAAAGAUAAAGAAAUAAAAGUGAAAAUUCAGUGGAAAAAGGAAAGAUUGCAAGUGAAGAUUACAGAAUCGAAACAUAAACAAGCAAGUCCGAAAUUGAAGCAAUAUGUUUUGAAAUAUGCAGAUGCUAUGUUGGAAAAUCCUAAAUACGAUGUUAGUCCCAUGAAAAGGAAGUAUGUGAAACAAGAGAAAUCUCCGGAUAAUUUGAAACAGACGUCGAUACAGAGUUUCUUCAAAGUUAAACUCCCCAAACAGGAAUAAAAAGUAUCCAAAAAACUAUGUGUGAUAUGAAAAUCAUCAGCCUUGUUCCUUUUGUUAGGGAGUUGCAAAACAUCUAUAAUACCAAGAGGUAAGAUACGGGCCCCGAGGUGGAUCCUUUAUGAGAAGUUUCAACUGUUUCAAUCAUAGAUCAACAAAAUGAAAAUAAAUAAUAAAUUGUUUCAUGCAUGUAUUUAAUAAGUACUUUGUAGAGUACCUACUUUAGUUCCAUGGUUUCAUUUUAAUAAACACUACUAAAAACUCGUAAGGACGUUUCUGUGUUUGUUAUACUGGACGCGACCAAUGACUACUUUUUAUAAGUGUUAAUACUACUUAAUGUUACUUGAACAUAGGAUCUAUCCAAGGUAUCGUGUCAUAUCACUUUGUAUGUGUAUAGGUAUUUUGUUACAUAUAAAUUACAUUUAUACAAUUUAUUCAAGUUGUAAAAUGUAAAGGAAAUGUUUUUGAACUGUUUUCAGAACUUUUAGAUUUUUAUCAUCUUUUUGAAUUUCGCGCCAUGUUUGCCAGCACUUUUUGGUUAUCUACUAAUUUAGUAGUUUUUCAAUAACAUUACAUCAUGUUCAAUAUUUUAAAUCUAUGUACUAGUGUUUAUAUAUAAGUUAUGACAUAUUAAGAAUACGGUGUCUAUAGCUACUAGUAAUACUUAUCAUAAUUCACAAGUUUAUAUUUCACAAGUCUUAAUUUGAAACACAUAUUUUAACAAAAAUAAAUCAUACAUUAUACACUUUCUACUUUACCUGUCGAUAUAAAGUAUUUUACUGUAUACUUUUUCAUGCAGAAAUGUUAACUAUUUUUUAUUGGUAGGUUGUCGUCACUGCUAUACUAUUCGCAAAUGCAUAAUGUUACAGAAUAUUACUUUUUGUAUGUAUUGUUAAUUUUAUGUUAAGAGUUAUUAUGUAAGUUAAAUAAAGCAUCACAAUGAAA